ACCUUUCCUACAACAACAUAUAUAGCCCAAAAACAAAACCUAGUUUAGUCCCAAGAUUGUGAAUUUUCCUGUUUCCUAACGCUGCCGUGAGAUGCCUCGCAAGCGCCGACAAUUGGAAACCGAUCAUCAUCAGCCUCCGCCGGCCAGGUACAUAUCUGCAAACAUGGAGACUAAAAAAAGUAAGGAAAAAUCUUUACUAGAUGGUUGUGAAAUUGGUGAUGCUUCGAAUAAGACAGAGAAUAUAGAGUGUGCUCCAACUAGCAUGGACAAGGGAAAACGUCCAUUUAAACGAGUUAAGUGUAUGGCCAAAAAGUUAAAACCAAGUGAGCUUGUCGGGGAAACAACACCCGAGUCUUAUACGGAUAGAAUUCACAUUAUAAAUCCAAAGAAUGUCAAGUGUCGGCGACGAGGUGUGAAGCUAGCAGUUGAGACACAGAAAACUGGACUACAUACUAGUUUAAAGAAUCGCACAACAACAGCCACAUUCCAUGAUAAGUUAGGUGAAUUAAAUGAUGCACAAAAGGAAGCCAUACGUGCUAUUGGCUUUGGUAGAAUAUUGGAAUUGAAGGUCAGACAAAUACCAGGGAAGUUAGCAUAUUGGGUUCUCGACAAGUUCAACUCUGCAAGUUGUGAGCUCCAAGUAGACGAUGGGCGCAACCUCAAGGUAACCGAGGAUGAUGUGUACAGAGUUUUUGGUUUCCCGAAAGGCAAGGAACUGAUUGUCAAUUUUGAACGAACUGCGAGUAACAAAAUGUUUGAGGAAUGGGUCUCAUUUUUCGGAGUUGGUGGUAAAGAAAAGAUCAAGAUAGGAGCAGUCCUUAAUGAAAUGGUUAAUAGCAGAGACGGAGGUACGUGGUUUAAACGACACUUCAUGAUUGCAAUGGCUUUCUCACUCAUAGAGAGCACAGCCAGUGGAACAGUGCACCCAUACAUCUUCAGAUGCUUAACCAACCUGCAUGAGCUUUCACAAUGGAAUUGGGGUGAGUAUGUGCUGAGAACUCUGAUUGACCACAAACGAUCAUGGCUGGUGGAUCAAACCAAAGUAUUUCCUGGCCCAACAUUAUUUCUAGUCCUCUUGUAUGUAGAUCGCUUUGAGAUGAAUCGAAAGCCAGAAAAUAGAUUGUUCCCAAUAUUCAUGAAUUGGUCAACAGUCGGGCUUAGAGAACGGCAACGCAGGGAGCUUGAAGAUGGUUUCUUCGGCGGUGGCUCUUUAUGUGAACCCAUUCAGUUGCCGGACGACUAUAUGAAUGUAGACCAACGACCUAUUGAAAACAUAAAUCAUGAGGGUGAUACAGAUAUAGAGAAUAGCAGCCUGGUUUGUAGAAUUAUGAAAGAAGCCAUAGACAUCGCUGAAAGGAUGGAAAAAAUCCGACAACUAGUUCAAGGUGCAACCUUAGCUGAGAGACAAUCCAAGGUUUUUAAGAAGAGCGUAAGUGCAGCAUGUAAGAUAAUUGGGGUAACAAUCAAUAUUGAUGCACCAGAAUCAAGCCAAAACAUGGAUCUUGAUGAUCAUCUUUUCUAUGACUCAAAUGAUUCUGUUGAUGCAACUUCAGCUGAAGCAAUCCCUAGCUUUGAGGUAACAUAA